UCCUGAAGUCUUCUUUCACACACUUCCACGAGAUCCUCGGGAGCUUCGAUUCUCUCUCUCUCUCUCUCUCCAGUCCCCCCGGGCCUUCCCUCUCUUUCCUUUGUUCACUUCAGUCACAAAGAAACCGACCCCACCACAAUCCAUUUCCAUCUUCUACGGUCAUGCGUUCACCUUGACAGUUGACCCUUCUCUCUGCUGGGUGCUGGUCCCAAUGCACUCCUCUUCCGCCGCGUCCACGGCCGGCACCGGGCAGGCCCAGGCCGUCCUCGACCAGAUUAACAGCCUCCUCUCCCUCCUCCUCCUCUCCUCCCUUGACCUCCGCUUGUUCACCGGCCGAUGGCAGCUCCUACGUUCCAAGCUCGCAUCUCUGCACUCCCUCCUCGCUUCUCUCUCUUCUUCCUCCCACUGGGCUGAUAACCCUCUCCUCCUCCACACUCUCCUCCCCAACCUCCUCUCCACCCUUCACCGGCUCAAGUCUCUCCUUGACCAGUGUGCGGAUCCUUCCUUCAAUGGCGGGAAGCUCCGCAUGCAGAGCGACCUUGACAUGGUCUCCACUUCUCUAGCCAACCACCUCCACGACCUGGAUUUGCUCCUCAGAUCCGGCGUCCUCCACCGCCAGUCAGCCGCCAUCGUUCUGUCCCAACCCCGCCCCGACUCAGACAAAGAAGACGUCCAGCUCUUCAUCAGAGACAUUUUCACUCGCCUCCAGAUUGGAGGGAUCGAAUUCAAGAAGAAGGCUCUCGAGUCUCUUCUCCAGCUUCUCUCGGACGAUGAGAAAUCAGUUAGUUUAGUAGCGAGAGAAGGCAACAUUGCGUACCUCAUCCAACUGCUCGAUCUCCAUCACUGUCCUUCAAUUUCUGAACAAGCCGUCGCAGCGGUCUCAUUUCUGGCUUCGGCAAACGACGAGACGAGGAAGCAUGUCCUUGAAGGAGGAGGAUUGGGCCCUCUGCUUAGAGUACUCGAGACCGCUCCGAUUCCGCUCAAGGAGAAAGCGGCGAGUGCGGUGGAAUCGAUCACAGCAGAUAAAGAAAGCACAUGGGCGAUUUCUACAAACGGUGGGAUAUCAGUUCUCAUCGAAGCGUGCAGGUCGGGCUCACCAGCAGCGCAAUCUCAUUCCGCUGGGGCGAUUAGGAAUGUGGCUUGUGUGGAGGACAUGAGAGCCUGUUUGGCCGAGGAAGGAGCUGUUCCUGUGCUCGUUCAGUUACUGAGCUCGAGCGCCACCGCCGUGCAGGAAAAGGCGGCAAGUGCUCUAUCGAUUUUGGCCGAAUCUGGUGGAUAUUUCAGGGCUCUGAUACUGCAAGAGAGGGGAUUGCAUAAAUUAAUGCGUUUAAUGAACGAUUUGUCGAGUUCCGAUGCUAUAUACAGCGCCCUCCGUGCGAUUAGCUCGCUUUCCACUGUCGAUUCGGCGGUUAAGUUUCUAUCAUCUUCGACGGCGUUCAUAGUCCAAAUCGGUGAGCUGAUCAAGCACGGGAACUCUAAUCUGCAGCACCUCUCAGCUUCGCUGCUUGCUAAAUUGUUCGUUAGCGACGGGAACAAAAGAGCCAUUUCUAGCUGUAUGUACUCGUUGGUGAAGUUGAUGGAGUGUCCGAAGCCGGUGGGGCUGCAGGACUCCGCGGCGCAGGCACUGGAGGCGCUGCUGUCCGUGCGGUCAAACAAGAAGGAGCUGGUGAGGGAUGAGAAGAGCUUGAUGAGGCUAGUCCAGAUGUUGGACCCGAAGAACGAUUCGGCGCCAAAGAAGCUCCCGGUGGCCGUAGUGGCAGUCGUCCUUGCCUCUGGGAGCCAGGGCUGCAGGCAGAGGCUCCUGGCCGCAGGUGCCAACCUGCACCUGCAGGAUCUGGCGGAGAUGGAGGUAGCCGGCGCGAGGAGGGCGGCGCAGAAGCUUGCCGGGAGUAGAAUAAGGACCAUUUUCAGCAGGAACCGGAAGGAAUAGCAGCCAGGGGAACCAACGGCGGCGGCCACCGUACCCCACUGAGGAUUUUCUGAUGAAGGAUUAUAUCAAAGGAAACUUCGUACAUCGUCUCCUUCGAAUCUUUUCAUCUUCUUCGAUGUCUUUUCUUCACUAUUAUUAUUUGAAUGAUGACGGCGACGACGACGACGACAGCACCAUCCUUCACGACAAAAAGGUUGGUUGGAUGCGUUUUUUAGGGAGUAUGUAUCCUUGUCUGUGAGCCUUUCUCUUUUCUUUUCCUGCAUUCAUUUUGUAAUUGUUCCUGGAAUCGCUAUCCAGAAAUUCUUUCCUGAAACAGAUGUUCAACGACAUGUCUCCUCCCGAUCCAUCACAAAAGCUUGUUAGUACAAACUAAUUGAUGUGAAUCCAGCAGUGGUAGUUGGUUUGGUAUGAAGAUAUCUUUGUAUAUCUAUCCUGAGAUUAAAUAAUUCAUCGUUGUUUGUCUCCUUAA